AUGUAUGGAAGAAAAAAUAGAAAACAAAAAUUUACAAAUUUUAAUAAAUUUAAGAAUUUCAUUCAAAUUUUAGCACACGAUUUACCAGCGUCAUCGUCAUCCCGUCUAGUGACGGCUAAUAGUAGCGUGUACGCUUCACCUAUGCGAUCCUUGACAAGUUCAUCCGGUGGAUUAUAUAUAAGUGCUCCUGGGAAGAUUAUCUUAUUUGGUGAACAUGCUGUUGUCUAUGGAAGAACAGCAGUUGCUGGUUCGAUAGACUUACGCACUUAUAUCAGUUUAUUCACUUCAGCUGAUGGUAGGAUAUACUUGUCAUUACCUGCCCUCGGUGUUGAGAAAACUUGGUUGUUAAAGGAUCUUCUGAGAGCCAGUGAACGUCUUUCUGAAUGCAGUGUUGAGGAUGGUUCACCGCCAUCCCUCGAAUUACUUGUGCCUAUUGCUCGAAAAUUGAGUGGUUCUUGCGAAGAUCAGUGCGGUGUGCAACAUUUAGCAAUACUUGCUUUUUGGUAUCUCCUCCUCGGUGUUGUGCAACGAAAAAGGCAAACUUUUGCAGAUCAAAAUAUUCUUGCCGUGAAAGUUACUAUUCGAUUCAAACUCCCUUCUUGUAUCGGUUUAGGGUCUUCGGGGGCGUAUUGUGUGUGCAUUGCUGCAGCAUUGCUACAGACUGCUGGGUUAAUCCCCGCUCCAUCGAUUCCUGUAAAUGAUGAAGGGUCAUUGACGUGGGAAGACAAGCACCUAGACAUGAUCAGGAAAUGGUCAGCUGCAGCUGAAUCUUUGAUACACGGACGAGCUUCUGGACUUGAUGCAGCAGUUUGUACUUAUGGUGGAGUUGCGUGCUUCAAACCUGGAACGUGUAUUCAGCAUUUAAGAAAGCUUAGUAAACUUUUCAGUCUUCCCGAUCUCAGGGUCAUACUGGUCAAUUCUCGAAUAGAAAGAAACACUUCACGAAUGGUUCAGACAGUGAAAGAACGCUUAAAAAAAUUUCCGGAUGUCGUCGAGUCAAUUUUUAAUGCUAUCGAUGCUAUUUCACUUGAUGCCGCCAAGAUUUUACAUCGACCACCAGAAGAAAAUGGUGGUGAUGAGACAGCUCGUAAUUGCGACAAUAGCAACAAUUCAACGGUUGCGGGAUGUGCUAACAGUGACCACCAAACUCUACAGGCAAUUAUUUUUCCUAGUGGAUAUUCACCUCAUCGUCAACAGCAACAAUCUGGUAGUGGAUUUGGUCACAGUUCAUAUGUUAUUGGUGGGAAACGUAGUAGUAAUGCUUCUACAACUAGUGGUGCUUCGGGAGCUAAUUCUGAGAAGCAUGAACGUGGACAGUUCGCUGAUUCUUAUUCUAAGCUCAAUGAUUUGUGUCGUAUAAACAAUCAGUUGCUAAUUGCUCUUGGAGUUGGCCACCCUAAAAUUGAUCAGAUUUGUACAUUACUUGCGCGAUAUGGAAUACAUCCAAAAAUGACUGGUGCUGGUGGCGGUGGAAGUGUUUUUGCUUUUUUAAAGCCAGAUACAUCAGCAACGGUGCUGUCGAUGAUUAAGGAGGAAUUAAGCAAGCUUGAUUAUGAGUUAUGGCAGCCUCCUUUGGGAGGCCCGGGAGUGAUUUGCCACAGUAGCAAGCCUGAUCUCUUCGUGCCUAGUACAGCUAUUGCAACUCAGAGCACCACCACCAGUAUUACUACUCCUAAUUCAUCAACCCAUUCGACUCCUUCUUUCCAUCGUCAUAACAAAAGGUCAUGA